GUAUCAAAUUCAGAAAAACAUCGCUUCACUUACCAAAAUUAAAAUCUGUCGAUAGUGUAGUUUUCCUGAAAAUGUUUCGUUUUGCGAUUUCUGCUGUUCGCAGUAUACGGCCUCUUUCGGUUCCAUAUUUCAACAUUGCCAAGACUUUAAGCAACAACACGAAGAACUAUGUGACUCUUUCGAAUGUAAGCCUCUCCCCAAGUGCAAGCUUCAAACCAAAUUCAUUGCUGCAGAAUAAACAAAUCUUGGAAAUAUCCAACAAUUUUAAUGUGGUACCUGUAAGAACUGUAACAAAAUUCAGUUUGAAUAAAGGCAAAAGGAAGACUGUAAAGGCGGCAGUUCGUAGAUUCUUUCGACUGCACUGGGGAGGUUGGAUUCGUACAAAGGUUGGCAAGCAUAAGAAAAUGUGGAAAAAACAUGCAAGCCAGAAACAGCGUUUGCGGCAGCAUGUAUUUUGUAACGCUACCCAAAACACCAUGUUGGAUAAAAUGGUCACGAAAUAUUGGAAACGACCCAAACAUUACGUUGAGGACCCAUAUGCACCAUACCACACAAGAGAAGAGUUCGGCUUAACUAGAAGGAAACCUGUUGUUAGACAAUAAUUUAGUUGUUAUAAAACUAGAAUAAAUAUAAUUUAGAAUUAGAAA